GGUGCAGUGGUUUUGCGAGUGGGCUGACCAGGAGCCAGCUGUGGCCCGACCUCCUGAUGAAGCUUUAAUCGAUACGUACACAUGUCAUGUUUACUACGAGCAUAGGUAGUUUUACGAUCAACAGCUAAUUCGUCCAACCUGGCUUCGUGUCCACGAAAAGGACAGACAGGCUCAGAGAGGGGGAUAAAAAACGAAAAAAAUAUUCAGGUACCCCGUUUGCCAUUUCACUAGGUAUUGAACGUUUUGUCGCAGCACACCUACCACGGUGCUACGAGGUUUGUCAAAGGAAGACCGCUGAGACGUGAAGGGCUCCUCCAUCCCGCGACGCUGGCUUGGGUCGGAUACUGAUGACACGUUAUUUUGCUUCCACCGAUAGUACGCAAUUGUGAAGCAGAAGAAGUUGAGGGGUCAUUGUUCUCAGCACGCGGAGGAUUGCAUAUGGAUAUCAGAGUCACGCGCAGGGAAUUGGUUAUUGAGUGGACGGAGGUGGGAGAAGAAGAGCUUUCGUCGGAGGGAAUUUGGGGUCUUCAUUUCCACUGAAUAGCUGCUUUCUCUCAAUUCUUCAUGAUGAUUCUGAUCAAAAAAGAUUGGUGAGCUGCGGGCUUCACUGUUUUGUGAUUGCUCAGAACUCUUCAAGACAAAAAUACGCAAUUGAGUGGUGUAGAUAGUAAGGGGCGCUGUUGUUGAUCGUUUUUCUUUACUUUCUUUGUCGUUGCUUCAAAGCAAGAGCACUUCAAAUCCUUUCUCGGCCGGUGAAACAUUUUGAUUGUUGAAUUGGGCCAAUUUAAAAAUCUUCUUUCCGAAAUAGCGAUGCAUCGCGUUUCGGUAGUGCUGAAGAGUAACGGGCACAGAGAAAUUCCAAGCUAUAGCUCGUUUACUUCCUUCUCGAAGAAUAAACAUGAAGCACCCGUUGCUUCGCACUCCUACUGGGAGAAGCCACGUUAUCUGGUGUUGGGAAUUUGCAUCCUAUUUUCUGUCUUCGCCCUCUGCUUCUUCAUCCUUCCAGCUUCCAUGGAGUUUACGGUGGGAAAUUCGGAACCUGGUCAUCAAGGAUUGCUUAGAAAGAACUUGCGCGGAUUGCAAACCGAGGAAACCACCAAUGCGCUAAGUGAGGAAAUAGGCGAAGAAAGUAAAAAUAAAGAGUGGCGACUCAAGCCUGAUCAUUUCACCUUGUUCAAUACUUCGAGUUUACUUACUACUCCAUUCAAUCCGUUGAACCUCACCAAUGGAAUUCGAAUCUAUGUCUACGACCUGCCGGCAAAGUUCAACGAAGAUUGGCUAGCUGACGAACGCUGUUCCAACCAUUUAUUUGCCGCCGAAGUCGCCAUUCACAAAGUUCUCAUGACGAGUCCCAUCAGGACUUUGGAUCCCUGCGAAGCCGAUUUUUUCUUCAUACCUGUGUAUGUCUCGUGCAAGUUUACCCCGAAGACUGGCUUUCCCUGGCUCGGACAGGCGCGUAAAUUCAUGGAAGCAGCUGUGAAUCAUGUGUCGACGAGGAUGGAGUUUUGGAAUCGCAGUGGUGGAAGGGAUCACAUUUUCGUCGCUUCACAUGACUACGGUGCCUGUUUUCAUACCCUGGAGACAGAGGCAAUCGCGCAUGGAAUACCAGAAUUUAUGCGAAAAUCUUUAAUUCUUCAGACUUUUGGAGUGCAAGACUUCCAUCCUUGUCAAGCAGCAGAACACAUACAGAUCCCUCCAUACGUCUCGCCCUCUGUCGCCGCAUCUUACAUCAAAGAUCCGCCAGAGCGACAAAAGAGAAAUAUAUUCGCCUUCUUCAGAGGGAAAAUGGAGAUAAAUCCUAAGAACGUCAGUGGCUUGGUUUACAGCAGGGGCGUGAGGACAGUUUUAUACAAAAAGUUUUCACAUAAUAGGCGUUUUCUCUUGAAGCGGCAUCGAACUGACAAUUAUCAACUUGAGAUGCUUCGCUCCACAUUUUGCCUGUGCCCCGUGGGAUGGGCACCAUGGAGUCCUCGCAUUGUUGAAGCUGUCGUCCAUGGCUGUGUUCCUGUAAUCAUCGCAGACAACAUUUCUCUCCCAUAUUCACAUGCCAUCGAUUGGACCGGCAUCUCACUGAGUGUUCGUGAGCAUGAUGUACCUAAACUUGAUAAAAUCCUUCUCAAUGUAGCCGCCACGAAUUUAUCCACCAUACAGCACAACCUAUGGAAGGAGGAAAACAGGCGCGCAUUGCUCUUCACAGAUCCGCUUGUGAAAGGGGAUGCAACAUGGCAUGUUUUUGAUCGCUUGUCAACGAAACUUGAAAGAUCGUUUAUCAAGCACUGAAGUAACUACAGGAAUUGCAAAGAAGGAAAUCUGGUAUAUCUGUGAUAAUAGCUAGAGGACCCUUUUCAGAGAUAGUCAAAUUGAGGAAGUGCAAGUGAUGCGUACACAGGUGAUGGGUAUUAACCAGCGGAAGCCUCGAGACCCUGAGCAUUGCUACGCAGACAUUUUUCAUCACAGUCGAGGAAGUCACCCCUGCACGCGGACGUGAAAAUGAGAGUCCCAAAUUCUGGGAUGUGCUCAAAGUCCUGGUGUACAGAAACGAAACACAAUUCAUUUCAUGAGAUCAACUCCUGAAGUUAUGUAUGAUAGUGGAAAAAGAUGAACUUUUGUAGAAAUCAGAAAGAGAUUUAGCUGGGCCAUUUGGGUUCGUGAGUGAUUCAGGAAAACAAUUGCCCUGUCAGGUUCAAACCUGGAAUUUUCGAGUGUAUAGUGCGGUCAACCACAAUUUUUUACUUAGGACUUUCGCUUCAUACCAGAGCGAUUCCAUGUAUAGAUUAACAACCUCCACAGAGCAAUACAUGUGGGAAGAAUGCAAUAGGACGGAGCAAUUGAUAACA